UCAUCGAUGACGGCAUCUUUGAAGUGAAAGCCACCGCGGGAGACACUCACCUGGGCGGAGAGGACUUUGACAACCGCCUGGUGAACCACUUUGUGGAGGAAUUCAAGAGGAAGCACAAGAAGGAUAUGAGCCAAAACAAGCGAGCCCUGAGGAGGCUGCGUACAGCCUGUGAGAGAGCCAAGAGAACCCUAUCCUCCAGCUCUCAAGCCAGCAUUGAAAUCGACUCUCUGUAUGAGGGCACUGACUUCUAUACUUCCAUCACCAGAGCACGCUUUGAAGAGUUGUGUUCGGACCUGUUCAGAGGUACGCUAGAGCCAGUGGAGAAAGCCCUGCGAGAUGCCAAGAUGGACAAAUCCCAGAUCCAUGAAAUUGUCCUGGUUGGAGGUUCUACAAGAAUCCCCAAGAUCCAAAAACUUCUGCAGGACUUCUUUAACGGACGGGAACUGAACAAAAGCAUCAACCCAGACGAGGCCGUAGCUUACGGUGCGGCGGUUCAGGCUGCCAUCCUUAUGGGCGACACCUCUGGAAACGUCCAGGACUUGCUGCUGUUGGAUGUGGCUCCGCUGUCCCUGGGCAUCGAGACAGCGGGAGGAGUCAUGACCCCGCUCAUCAAACGCAACACCACCAUCCCCACCAAGCAGACGCAAAUCUUCAGCACGUAUGCAGACAACCAGCCUGGGGUUCUGAUCCAGGUGUAUGAAGGUGAGAGAGCAAUGACCAAAGACAACAACCUACUGGGGAAGUUUGAUCUGACGGGCAUCCCGCCUGCUCCACGUGGAGUUCCUCAGAUUGAAGUCACCUUCGACGUAGAUGCCAACGGCAUUCUGAACGUGUCUGCCAUGGACAAAAGCACAGGCAAAGAGAACAAGAUCACCAUCACUAAUGACAAAGGCAGGCUAAGCAAGGAGGAGAUUGAAAGGAUGGUGCAGGAAGCAGAUGCGUACAAAGCGGAGGACGACCUUCAGAGAGAGAAGAUCGCGGCUAAGAACUCCCUGGAGUCGUACGCCUUUAACAUGAAGAACAGUGUGGAAGAUGAAAGCAUGAAAGGCAAAAUCAGUGAAGAGGACAAGAAGAAAGUAAUUGAGAGGUGUAACAAGGCCAUUUCCUGGCUGGAGAACAACCAACUGGCUGAAAAAGAGGAAUACGAACAUGAGCUAAAGGAACUGGAGAAAGUCUGCAACCCCAUCAUCACUAAGCUGUACCAGGGAGGAAUGCCAACUGGAAGCUGUGGAGAUCAGGCACGAGCCGCUUCAGGAUCAAACUUCCAUGAACCGACUAUUGAAGAAGUUGAUUAAAAACUAAUGCGGUCUUAAUAAGUGGACAUCUGACUAAAAUAUAAGCUAUUCACUGAAACAUUUUUGGGUGACAUUGUUAAAAUGAACCUAACUUUGAGCUAAUUCUAACUGGCAAUACAAAUAUUUAUGCUGUCUUUAUGAUGUGAAAGGAUAAGUAAAAUGUAUGAUAUUAGUUGUAAAAUGUUUGUGUGUGUUAAUCCUAGCUAGUAUGAUCCACAUUAGAUUUAAUACUCUUUCAAGUUUUGAGCCUGGAGCUACAAAGAUUUAUAGUGUACAUAUUUGUUUGUAUAUAUACUAUUAUUUUUUUAUUGUCAUUAAAAUUGUAUAUUACGUGGGAAAA